AUGAUCAGCAAAUUAGCCUUCUCGACAUUUGUCGUGAUGUCCACCCGGCCCCGGGACUAUAGCAGAAACGGGAGGGUUCCUUCCGGACAAGCCGGUACAAAACUGGUUGAGGCGUUCAACCCACCCCGUGUUGUUCAUCUUACGUCAAAGUGGUGGCGAGCACUUCGUUUCAAUUUACGCUGUUUCGCCCGCUGGGGGAGUCGGGACUUGCGUGAUGAGAGCAGACAUAAAUCCGGAUUAUCGCUGGGACAGCACCCCACAUCGUCCGCUUUAUGUAAAUACAUAAACCUGAGCCAGUGA